AUGAAGUUCUUCGCCCUCGCCGCAUCUCUCGCCUCCCUCCUUACCACCGCCCUUGCGCAAUCCCAGACCACCGACAACGCAUUCACCUCCCCCGUAUCUGGCACCGUCAUCCAAGCCGGUGGCGGCGUGUUCACCAUCACCUGGAGCCCAUCCUUCGCCUCCGACUCCGCCUCCGGCAACGUCUCCCUCGCCCUCUUGAAGGGUGACGCGAACAACCUCCUCCUCCUCACCACCCUCGCAGACAGCACUGAGAACGACGGAGCGUAUUUGUGGGACCCUACUACGGCUCUUGUUCCGGGCACGGAUUAUGCGUUGAGGAUCAUGGAUGUUGAAGGGGACGUGAACUACUCGCACUACUUCGCCAUCGAGUUGUGCUCUACCUGCGUUCAGGCGUCCUCGACUUACGCUGCGGCCGGCGCGAUCUCCACUGUUUCCAUUGCCUCCAGCGCCGCUAUGUCCGCUCUCGGCACCACCGCGUCCGCCACCACUACUACCUCCUCUUCCUCUAUCGCCUCCUCCGCCAUCUCCUCCGUCGCUGCUUCCGUCUCAUCCGUUCUCUCCUCCUCCGCUUCCGUCGCUGCUUCGUCCGCUACCUCUACAGCUUCUGCCGCCGUCGCUGCUACCUCUGCCUCUGCUUCUGCAUCCAGGAGUGCUAGCAUGACUCGUGUUUCUUCUUCUGCUACCGCUGCCAGGUCUUCUGUUGCGCCCUCUGCGAGUGGAAGCUCGACCGCGUCUUCCGGUGCUGGAAAGGUUGGUGGGAGUUUGAUGGCCGGUGUUGUUGCUUUGGGUGGGUUGGUUUACGCUUUCUCUAUCUCGAUCACGAUGAGGUCGUUCCGCUCUCACUCGCUUGCGCAGGUCGCUCUUUUUAUCACUUUCAUUUUCAUCACACUCACUUCCACCACCGCUACUCCUCUCCAAUCCUCUCAGUUGCACGAUCAUUCCCGGCGCGACGCAUACGCUGCGGCUUCGGCAGCUGCGGAGAUCGACAUUCCAGCUGGGUCCGUGCACAAAUUGGUGAAGCGCGCGACGACAACCGCGGCGGUCUGUACGGCUACUUCGACCGUCAAGACGACUCAAACGGUUAAAACUACGCAGACGGUGAAGACUACUCAGACUGUUUCGAGUGUUGUUUACGUUACCCAGACUGUUACUGCUUCCGCCGCUGCUUCCUCAACUAAGGCUACCCUCUCCGACGUUUCUUCCACCAUGAAGACUAGUACGAGCUCCACCAGCGGUGUAGUCGCUUCUGUCUCCGUGUCGACGAGUAAGGGUGCUUCCGAGACUGCGCAGAUCCCUGCAAGUGCGACGACGACGUUGGCUACCUCGACCUACACCACCUCUUUGGACAAGUCUGGUGCCGUGACCUCUGCGCCGACUCCCACGGCUGCUACAACGAAGACUUCCUCCUUGGCUUCCUCCGUCUCAAUCAACACCAAGACGAUCUCGACCAGUGCGUCCGGAGUCACCACCGCCGGCGUCGCCAAGCCUUCCUCCAACAGUCUCUUCGCCCCCAUCGCCCUUGACAACCCCGCCUCCAAGUUCGGAUCCCGCGAACACACCGAGAAGCCUCUCUCCAUCUCGGGAUCCUUCCUCACUCAGCCCAUCCAGACGAACAAAUUCUACGGCAACAUGUACCUCGGAACACAAGAGCAGCCCGCUUGGACCCACCCUUACGUUCUCUCCUGGAUCAACAACAACUCGACUGGAUUCUACGGUAUGAUGGUCUCUCACGUCGAUGAUGGACAAAAAGUCUACGGACCUGAUGCGUCUGCGAAACCGGUGCAGUAUUACAUUAACCCUGGUGGAAUGCACUCUUUGUCCUUCUCCGCUCAGGAGUUCGAUACCGACAUGACGAUGUCGUUGGAGAAGCUCGAUCACAUGUCCGUCAACGUCCGUUUCCAGCCCAGUGCUGCCAGCAGAUCCGGAAACCAGGCUUUGUUGAUGCCCAUGGUCAACGGAAUGGGUUUCGUCACUGGAAAGUACUACAAGCUCACCCCUGCCUUCAACUCUGGUAUCCUCGUCCGCUCGUUGACUCAGGUCAAGUCUCCGUACUCGAACUCGUACAAGUAUGAGAUCUUGUUGGAGGAUGGUAAGAUGUGGGUUAUGUACGCUUUCCCCGACUCCACGAGUCAGAAGGCGUUUAACUUGACUGUCGUGUCCAACUCUCGUCUUGUCAACGCUGGUGGACAGUUCUCUGGUGUGAUCCAGAUCGCGAAGGUCCCCAACACCCAAGGUGCUACCACUUCUGGUGCUGUUGACCCCUCUUACACCGUCACGAGUGCUAUUAGUGUCUACGACACCUAUGCUGGAAGUUACGCUACUGGCGUUACCCUUGGUGGAUCCGUACAGGGUGAUUACGGAUCUUACACGUUCAAUUAUGCGAAGACUGGGCGUGCUGUUCCGUUGUUGAUGUUUGCUCUUCCUCACCACGAGGCGUCCUUCGCUUCCGCUACCCUCGCUGGCAAGACUUUGGUUCAGUUGCAGAGUACGACGAUGGGUUUGAUGACUGCGUAUGCUGCUGACGUCUGGGAGAUGGUCGAGAAUGAUUUGCCUACUGAUGUUGGAUUCUUGCCGUGGUCUCCUCUGGGGAAGAGUGCGACCUACACGACCAAGGCACUCGCUGCUAUUGCGUCUGCUGCCAACUCCGAGGUUAGCCAGGAUUUCGAUGCUCAGACUGAUUUGGACUCCAUGUACUACUCUGGAAAGGCGUUGGCGAAGUUCGCGCAUAUUUGUUUGGCGAUCAAUGAUGUGCUUGGUGACAAGAAGCUCGGGACUACGUGUUUGAACAAGUUGAAGACGGCGUUUGCGACGUUCCAGACCAACACUCAGCAAUGGCCUUUGAUCUACGAUACUACCUAUGCUGGUCUGAUCUCUACCCAGGGAUUCUCGCAAGGAUCUCUGAGUGAUUUCGGAAACACAUGGUACAACGACCAUCACUUCCACUACGGAUACCACAUCCACGCCGCCGCCAUCAUUGGACAUUUGGACCCUACGUGGUUGACGGCUGCGAACAAGGUGUACGUCAACAACUUGAUCCGUGAUGUUGCCAACCCUUCUGCGAAUGACCAGUAUUACCCCGUCAUGCGUGCUUUCGACUGGUUCGUCGGACACUCCUGGUCCAAGGGAAUCUUUGAGGCCGGUGACGGUAAGGAUGAGGAGUCCUCCUCUGAGGACUUCAACAUGUGGUACGCGCAGAAGAUGUGGGCAAACGUUAUUGGUGACAACGACAUGGAGGCUCGUUCGAACCUCAUGUUGGCAGUUAUCAAGAGGUCGCUCAACUCGUACAUGUUGAUGGAUACCGACAACACCAUCCAGCCCGCGAACUUCAUCGGAAACUUCGUCACUGGUAUUUUGUUCAUGAACAAAGCCGAUCACACUACCUACUUCGGUACCCUCGAGCAGUACAUCCAGGGUAUCCACGCUAUCCCCUCUAUCUCCGUCUCUGGCUACGUCCGUCAGCCUACUUUCAUCCAGCACCAAUGGGAUGCGAAGAUCUCGUCCAUCAUUGGUGGUGUGACUGAUGGAUGGAAGGGUAUUCUAUACCUUGAUUAUGCCAAUGCUGAUCCGGUUGCUGCGUGGAACUUCUUCAACUCGAGUAGCUUCUCGAGUAACUAUCUCGAUGGAGGUAUGUCGUUGACAUGGAGUUUGACGUAUGCGGCUGGUCUUGGUGGUGUUACUGCCUAG